CUCUAUUUUUGUAGCUCUUUUCUAAAAGUUUCAUUGAGCUUUUUUGGGUUGUUGCCAGCCGUAUUAUUCCUUUCCCUCUUUCCUUAUCUUCCUUUUCAUUUCAAUCUCAAAACAACUUUGAAGUGUCACCUUCUGUUUGAAUUCCUAUGGCUACUGAGACUGCUAUCUCAGAUCAUACUUCUGCUACUGAUGAGCAAGUUGAGAAGAAGGUCAAUGAAGUAAAAGCCAUUGAGCAUGAUGGUGUGACUUCUUCCAAGGAAAGCGUAGAAGAAGAAAAACCCAAAGUCGAGGGAUCGCCAAGUCCAGCAACCCCUGUAUCUAAACCUGAAGAAGUGUCAGAGGUUGAUAAGCAGAUUGAGCCUCCUAUGGCUGAGGUUGAUAAGACUAAUGAUGCUCCUGUUUCGGAUGUUCCAGUUGAAGACAAUACGGAGGAAAAAGACAACAUUCCUGAGUCACACACUCCCGCCGUACCACAGCCGGUGGCUGACACUAUUAAGGUCCAAUCCGAAGAGCAACCAGCUGUGGAGUCUGUUGUUAAAGAAGCACCAGAGCAACUAACAGCAUCUCUCGAGAAAGGGGAAGAGGAGAAAGCAAAUAUAGUUGGUCUUCCUGAACAAAUACCCGAAACUCCUGAGAAACUAGAGGAACCAAUGGAUGUGCUUCCUGCAAAAGAAUCGGAAGUAGUAGGAAUAGAAGAGAUCAAAAGUUCACACGUGGAGAAACCAGAAGAUGCAGCUAUUGAAGCAGAAGAAAAUCCAAGAGAACAAUCUGAACUUUUUGAAAAAGUUGAGAAAACAGAUGAGGAGGUUGACACUAAGGAAAGAAUGGAGAAAGCAAAAAUAGUUGAUGUUCCUGAACAGAUACCUGAAAUUCCUGAGAAACUAGGGGAACUACUGGAACCAAUGGAUGUGCUUCCUGCAAAAGAAUCGGAAGUAGUAGGAUUAGAAGAGAUCAAAAGUUCACACGUGGAAAAACCAGAAGCUGCAGCUAUUGAAGCAGAAGAAAAGCCAAGAGAACAAUCUGAACUUUUUGAAAAAGUUGAGAAAACAUAUGAGGAGGUUGACACUAAAGAAAGAAUGGAGAAAACAAAAAUAGUUGAUGUUCCUGAACAGAUACCUGAAACUCCUGAGAAACUAGAGGAACUAAUGGAUGUGCUUCCUGCAAAAGAAUCGGAAGUAGUAGGGUUAGAAGAGAUCAAAAGUUCACACGUGGAAAAACCAGAAGCUGCAGCUAUUGAAGCAGAAGAAAAGCCAAGAGAACAAUCUGAACUUUUUGAAAAAGUUGAGAAAACAUAUGAGGAGGUUGACACUAAGGAAAGAAUGGAGAAAACAAAAAUAGCUGAUGUUCCUGAACAGAUACCUGAAACUCCUGAGAAACUAGAGGAACCACUGAAUGUGCUUCCUGCAAAAGAAUCGGAAGUACUAGGAACAGAAGAGAUCAAAAGUUCACACGUGGAGUCCAUAAAAGUGGAGAAACCAGAAGCUGCAGCUGUUGAAGCAAAAGAAGAGCCAAGAGAACAAUCUGAACUUUCUGAACAAGUUGAGAAAACAUAUGAGGAGGUGGACUCUAAGGAAAAAGUGGAGGGUGAUACAGAUAAAGACACUGUGACUUCCGCUGAAAAGGUUGAGAAUACCUCUUUUUUGAAGGAUAAAGAGGAAGAAGAACCUAGUGUAAUCAGAAGUUCUGAGCAAGUUCAGACUAAUCAGGAAGCUGUAACUGAUCUGAAUGAAAAUGAAGGGGACUUCUCUCUAUCCAGUAAUGAUCCGGAGAAGGUUGAUGCAGAAGAGAAAAAGGAGUUGAGUGGGGCUGAUGUGAUUGGAGAGCUAUCAAAAGAGGCAGUAGUAGAGGCGGGAAAGGUUGCAGAAGAGAAUGAGGCAAAGAAUGUGGAAACUGAAGAAGGGAAUGGAAAAAGAAAUGUGAAACCCGAGGAAUCAACUCCGCCAGUUAAAGAGAAGGAUGCCGAUACAGCUGAAUUUAUCGAAAAAUCAUUUGAGGGUAGGAGUACUGGCAGAGAUGUUGAAGAGGAAAACAAAGGAGAGCAGAAUGUAAAAGAAGAGACACCAGCUUUAGGCGGAACCAACAAAGAUGAACACGUGGAGGAAAAUCAGGCUCAAGUUACUACAGUUACUAGCAAACCAGUUGAAGAACCCAAGGAAUCUGAGUUGCAAGAAAGAAAUGAGGAAGCUGCAGAAACUGGUAAGGAUAAGUUGGAUAAAGAAAAAGUUGAUGAGAUUGAAAAAUCUGAUGUCCAGAAUCUGGAGCCGUCCGUCGAUGCUGGUGACGAGACAAAAACAUCCCAGGACCUGCCAAAAGAACUUCCAGCCAAGUCCUCUCAAAAGCAAUCAAAUAACAUUAUAUCAAAGGUAAAACAGUCGCUUGUGAAGGCAAAGAAAGCCAUCAUUGGGAAAUCGCCAAGUUCAAAAACCCUCUCCGGUGAAACCAAGGGUGAUAUUAAAGUCAAAUAAUGGAACUCGACUAUGGAUGCAAUUGUAUAAUUGUCUGCAGAAGUGGUAUCUUUUCCUAAUUGUUGUGUGCAACAUAUGUAGCUGUAACUGCUGGGUUCAUCUCUGUUGCUGUUCUGUCAUUCCUGCUUGCUUGCGUGUUUAAUUUGUAAAGGGUGCAUAUAGAAGGUAUAGUCCUUGCCAUACUCAAUAUUAUAAAAAUUGUAAAGACGUGUUUCUGCUCCUCCCCAAUUCUUUGCAGUUGUAUGUAUUUGUGGAGUUUGUAGUUGAUUGUUUGCCAAUAAUGAUCAGGAGAUGAGAACUGAGUGCUUGUAAAGGUACUUUUGUUGAUACCUCUUUUUUAAUUGUUAUAGUCGCAUCAUAAAGAUUUCUCAUUACUAUUUUUAAAUGUUCAUUUGAAAUUAACUUAUUUUGGUUACU